AUGUUCAACCAGUCCCAUCCCUGCUUCUAAUAAUAUAGCCCAUUGCUGUCAUCCAAUUAGAAGUCUGGACAGAGCCAAUUAACUGCUUCAUAGAUAACAUAGUUUACACUCCAUUGCCCCAACUCCAAUCCAGCUAUCUUGAAGUCUACUAUUAUAUUAUUCUAAUUGAGCUCACCCAUCUACAUAUACAAAUCUCUCUAGCAUCACAAAUGUAAGGUAGACGAUACAUACCAGCUCACAAGCUUAGAAGGGUAGGGUCAGCUACUCAGAAUUCAGCUGGUGAUCACGAAGGUAGCAGCUAUCUUCUUUGCCCUUCUAUUUUCUUUUGCAACAAUUUGUGCGAUUUUGUACCUUCAAAAGAACAAGAAUUUUUACAAACUAUGUCCAUGUAUGAUUCACUGUUACGUUUGGUAGAAGUGAUUACUAAUAUCCUUAAAAAUCAACCUGUUCAAGUAAAGUUUAUACAUGAUUGAAAUUAUUAUUUGAUUUUGUAAAUAUUGACAAACUCUGCAUAAUCACUGGUACCCAACACUGCAAACAAUUAUGGGAGUUUUAGAUGAGUUGAACACUUCACCUUCUUGUAGUAAGAAUCAUGGCUACGCCAGCAAGUUUUGACUUUCUGCCUUCUCUUAUGGUCUUGCAGUUUCAAAAAAGAACUUGUGAGAUACAGGCUAUAUAUUAUUAUUUUAACCCUAUAAUUGUAUAUCUCCAGUCCAUAACUCUCAGCCCGUGGGUGAACAAAACUACAACUAUCUGAAUAAGGAUGAAUAAGUGAUGCUAUGUGAUAAUGUUCAUGUCAACCAAUAUCAUAGUUCACUUGGAUACUGAAAAUGGAAUGAGAAAUACAGCUCAGAUCAAACGCUGACCCGAGAGGUAAUGUCAAAGAACGCUGUGUAUUCUCCAUGGAAUUUACAAACAAUUGGAACUAGAGGUCCUGACGCUGGACAUAUCAGCCCCUCAGAAGCUUUGCCACCAGGUGUCCCUAAUAUCAGCCCUAAGCCAGUGUUUUUUGUUACAUCUGGGAAGACACAGUUAUUGAAUUACUCAUUCCGAACUGGAGAAGAGUUUGCUCUUGAAUUCAUGCAAGACAGGGCAAACACAAGAAAGCCUUUGGUUUCAAUCACCUCUGAUGACAGGAACAUCCAAACCAGCUACACUCUUUGGGGGCAAGAAGCCAAUAUUUCUGGAGACAAACUAUCAAAGAAGCUUCUGACAUUUGCUUCAAUUAGUGAAACAAGUAAUCAGGGAACAAAUAAGACGUACCCACAAGAGAUCUAUAACUCUGGAUCAACUAGAAUGAAGUUCCUUUGCAACUUUGGAGGCAGAUUCCUACCAAGGCCAGUAGAUGGCAAGCUCCGGUAUGUUGGUGGUGAAAAGCAUCUGAUUCAGAUAAGUCAAAGAUUGUCAUGGCAAGGACUGAUCAGCAAGACAACAAAGCUCAUCAGGCAAGCUCACAUAGUCAAGUACCAUUUGCCAGGAGAGCAAGUGAAUGUGCUCAUCUCUGUUGCCUCCGAUGAUGAUGUUCACCAUAUGAUUGAUGAGUGCAUUGUCCUAGAAGAAAGCAAAGAAUGGCCAACUAUAUACCUAUUUACUGAUGAAGAUGAUGAACAUCAUGUACAUUUUGUGGUAGGACGCUCAUCAGAUGAAGAUACUGAAGCACAAUAUAUUGCUCUAAUAAAUGGAUACAGAUAUACUGGACCAGGUGAGAAAUUAAGUGCACAAGGUCCAGGGAGUGCAUCAGCCAGUGAUCUGGAUCAGCUGAUGUUUGAUAUUGACGAUGCGGGAUCACAGACAGGCGGAGCAUGCCUUAGAAGCAAGCGUUCACAAAAUAUUGUUACAGAAACAUCAAAAGAAUCCAGGAUCCCUCUACACAAGUUUCCUCCCAUUAUCAUGGAACAAAUGACCAAUCAAGAUUGUGCCAUACAGAGUAACAAAGGUGAGGCAAGCUCCUAUCCUACCAGAAAGUCAAGAAAUGUUAACCUUGCUUCAUCAAUGCCAUUGGAAUUCACAUAUCCGUCUAAGUGGGAGAGAAAUGGUAGUAAUAGCACCUCAAGGCAGAUUCCUGAACUGCAAAGGACAACAAGCAACAUAUCCAAGAUAGGUCAUAAUGCAGGAAGAGAUAAGGAAAGUGUAUCAUCAAGGAUGGAAUUGAUGAUACCAUCAGAUGAGAACAACUUGAGGAUGCCAUCACUUAGUACAAACUUCAGCAGCUUGACACAACAUACAAGUCCUGUCAACAAGUUGCUGAGAGAACAGACUGAGACAAUCGUCCAAUCUAUCCAGUCCAAUAAUUCAAUCGACUUUCAGAAGCUGGUGACAGAGCCUGUUGGAAGAUCCGUAUAUGAAAUGCUUGCAUCUCCUUCAGGAGAUUAUCAAAAACCGGUGUACAAAUGCCCGAGUUCUGAUGAAAGCAUGAUAAGCACGAGAUGUAGCUCUCAAGAAGACACCAUCCCUUAUUCUGAUACAGACCAGCUUAACAAAAUUAGUAGCACUGAGUUACAAAACAAGACAGAGUGGCCUGCUCCUACCCGGAUAUCUGGGUCAAAUGAAGCAGGAGCUCACAUUUUGUGGGAUGAUACACACAUCAGUGAGCAGGUAUUUUCAGUGAAUACUAUAGGGUGUAUAGAGCAAAUUCUUCCUGAUGUCAUGCACACUGAUGUGGCCAAGAAAGAUAAUCUUUCUACGCUAGUGGUCCAUGACAGUGAAAUGGCAUGUUCCCCACGUCCUUUUACAUCUUCAGACAAGGCAGCUGAGCUGCAAAAAAAUAGGAUGGUGCAUGCUUCUGGAGAAAAACAGCAAGCUUCUCCCGAUAGCAGGCAGCAAGACAUACAGAUUGUUAGAUCUACUUCACUGGGAGGUGAAGGCAACCGUAUGCAGAUUGAAUCUUUAUCAGAAGAAGUUACAGAAAAUUUUGCAUCACCAAUCUCAGAGCUUGAGGUACAUGAAACCAAGGAAAAUAAACAAGUCCUUCCUGCAAAUGCAACAUUGGACAGAGACAUUAUAAGCAACGUACAGGUAAUAAGCAACAAGGACCUCGAAGAUCUACAGGAGAUGGGCUCUGGUGCAUUUGGAACUGUCUUCCAUGGAAGAUGGAGAGGAACAAAUGUUGCCAUCAAACGGAUAAAGAACAGCUGUUUCAUGUAUUCAUCACCUGAGACAGACAAACUGAUUGUGGAGUUUUGGAGAGAAGCAGCAAUUCUCUCAAAACUUCACCACCCUAAUGUGCUGGCAUUCUACGGGAUUGUGAAUAAUGGACCUGGGGGGACAUUAGCAACUGUGACAGAAUUCAUGGCGAGUGGAUCUCUCAAAAAAGUCCUUUUGCACAAACAAAAAUUACUUGAUCGGCGCAAACGGAUUACUCUUGCUAUGGAUGCGGCUAUUGGAAUGGAGUACUUGCAUUCCAAGGAUAUAAUUCAUUUCGAUUUGAAAUGUGAUAACUUACUGGUGAAUCUCAAUGAUCCAUCUCGUCCCAUAUGCAAGGUAGCUGAUUUUGGUUUGUCCAAGGUGAAACAAACCACAAUGGUCUCAGGUGGGAUGAGGGGGACUCUUCCAUGGAUGGCUCCUGAAAUGCUUGAAAUGAGCAGCAAUUUGGUAUCAACCAAGGUUGAUGUGUAUUCUUUUGGAAUCAUAAUGUGGGAAAUACUCACGGGCCAGGAACCAUAUGCUGGCAUGCACCAUGGAGGAGUUAUAGGAGGAAUUUUGAGCAACAAAUUGAGGCCACCGGUGCCAGCAUCAUGCGACCCACAAUGGAAAGAACUGAUGGAACAGUGCUGGUCAAAUGAGCCUGACAAAAGACCAUCCUUCAAGGAAGUCGUGAGCCAACUCCGUUCAAUGCUAGAAGGCAACCAGAGCAGGCCACUAAUCUAACUUCAGCAUCACCUGUUUGUAUGUUCAUAUUUUGCAUACAUCACCUGUAUGUAUAUUCAUAUUGCUCAGUACCUCAACUACAUCAUACUUUUACAUAGUGUUCUUCGAUAUGUACUGUGUCUGUGUGUGUUGGUAUCUGUACUAGGGCUUUUACACAAGGAGAAUGUAUCUUAGAUUAGUUGGCUGGUGUGCAGUGCUGCUAUAUGAAACAAAUAGUUGGAAUAUAAAUGUCACUUUCACUUCCUUCCUAUCUAUUUUACAAUUUUAGUAAUUGUAGGUGUAAUUUUCCUAUGGAAUUACCCUACAUUCAACCAUGCUUUUUGUAGCUGUCUACUUAACUGGGGCCUGAGGUUCCUAAUGAGAGCAUAGCAUUGUUAACCAGCAUUACUUCAGGUGCAGUUCAAGAUACACAACUCGAUUUGGUUCAAACUCUAGCACGUCAAUU